GGGUAUUUCAGUUCUUUCCUCACAUCCGAAGGACGUGCAGCUCGGCAGGACAAAUGGCUACUUGUAAAUUGCCCCGCGUGUGCGAAUAUCUCGGAGAUAAUUAAUGGGAAUGUGGGGAAAUGGGACUCGGUGGGUCUGAUUUUCCGGAAUUUUCUAUUUUCAUUUCAAAUUUCUUGCGCCAGCAGUUUAUUUUCGGGUUGCAUGACUCUAUGAGUUUUCACCUCUGUGAGAUCCUGCCUCUCUCAACCUUCGAACCCUGCCUCGCCUUAAACUUGCACUCAGCACCUCCACCCACGCCCUUCUCACGGCCCUCAGCCCCAGCCUCUGAGCUGCACCCCCCUCCCUGACCAUCUCCAGGCUCUCUUCCAUGCGUGCACCUGACAAGAGAACCAAAAUCACGAAGUAAGCCCUUGAGGUGGAGCGGUUGCUUCCUCCGUCCGGUCAUCGUUUGGAUGACAUUGGCCGUCCUUGUGUUGCUGUGGCAACCUGCUCUCCUAUCGGCGUGACAUCAUCCCGUCGACCCCCCCUCCCCACUUUCUCCUUGACGUGGCGCAGAGAGAGGAGGCAAGCUCGAUCGAGGCAGGGAGCCUUUCCCGUUAUUUUUUUUGUAAAACGAAGAUAAAUAUUUGUGUCCUGGGUGAGUCCAAUCAAACACUGCAAAUAUGGGGGGGACAGUUACCAAUUUCUUCAGAGCCAUGUUUGGAAAAAAGGAAAUGCGCAUUCUCAUGGUGGGCCUGGAUGCAGCUGGCAAGACCACCAUUUUAUACAAACUCAAACUGGGUGAAAUUGUAACCACUAUUCCCACUAUAGGUUUCAAUGUAGAAACUGUGGAGUACAAGAGCAUUAGUUUUACUGUAUGGGAUGUGGGUGGACAAGACAAGAUCCGUCCACUUUGGCGCCACUACUUUCAGAACACACAAGGUUUGAUUUUUGUGGUUGACAGUAAUGACAGGGAGAGAGUGAAUGAAGCUAAGGAAGAAUUGAUGAGAAUGCUUGCUGAAGAUGAGCUCCGAGAAGCUGUGUUGCUACUUUUUGCAAAUAAACAGGAUCUGCCUAAUGCGAUGAAUGCUGCCGAGAUCACUGAUAAACUGGGUCUGCACGCGCUCCGCCAGAGGACCUGGUUUAUCCAGGCAACCUGUGCAACCAGUGGUGAUGGCCUAUAUGAAGGACUGGAAUGGUUGUCCAAUCAGCUCAAAAGUAACAAAUAAUUCCUUUCUUCCUUCCUGCCCACCACCCUCCCUCCCCUCCCCUCCCCCUUAUUUCUGCUUCAUUAUGUUGUAUGGCAACUGCUACUUUGUGGUAUUGGGUGCCAGGAACCUGCUUCAUUACAUCCAAUCACUAGAACUAUAAAUAACACCAUACUGUAUGGGUGAGAAGUACAGACUUGAAAGCAAAUGUGGUUUCUUAUUUAAAAUGUGUAUAUAUAGUCCCUUUUUGUAACGAGGCAGUUUCCUGCUACUCCUAUGCAAUAUUUACCCUCAUGAUUGUUCUUUGUUUUCCCUUGAGGUUUAAACUGACAUGUAAGAAUUUAGUGUAGGAAAGGGACAGAGCUUGGAAUUGGGAGUUGUAUGCACUCCCAACAGUACAAUGCACAAAGUCUCAUAACAGAUUUGGUUUACUAGCUCUGAAAUGAGGCUUUCCUGCAGUUUGGGGCAUGGCUUUUGAUGGAGGGAGGGAACUUGCAUCUGACUUUAUUUGAUUUUUCUGCUUGUUUCCCUCAUUGCCCAAAGCUGGGAUUUCAGCAGUGAAGGAUUGCUUGUGUUUUUGGUUUUAAAACUACCAACACACUCUCCAAUGAUUUCUGGGUUCAGAUUCUCUUGCACUUCUGUGAGUUGGUCUCAAUUUAAAGCUUACUUGAGUAUCCCUUUCCUAGACCUAUGCAGGCUGGAAUUGAAGUUCAGAAUAAAAAAAACUUGUAACCUACUUUUUUUGCCUUUUUGAAUAAUUUAAAGUCUUAAAUGGCUUAAUUUAAAAUUGAUCUGAGUGAUUAAAUUAUUUUAGUGAAGAGCUGAAGGUUUCAUCAUCUAGGGACCACCAUUAAACUUAGUUUUAUAAUAUCAUGAAUUGCAUUGGGGAAGAGCAAGGGAAGAGAAAAUUAGUGACCACAGCAGCAAGUCUUGAGUGGUUACCUGAAGUGCCAGGAAUCCUUAAUUUUUAUUGCCUGUUUGAAUCUAGACUCUUGUGCUAACUGACUUUCAUCCUUGUGGCUCACCCCAUACCAACAUGGUAAACUGAUCACAGCAUGCAGGCACUGUUGGGUCAGAUGGGAAAGGAGUUUCUUUUCUUUUGACUUUGUUAGCUUGUCCCUUGGCUGAUGUAUAGCAGGUAGCAAUGUCAAUGAAUGCACCUAAGCCCUUACCCCUCUUUGCUUUUCCCAGUGUAUGAAACUACAUGUGCGAGUCAUUCCAUUUUAGGUGUUGCGCAGGACAUUGUAUUGCCAUCAGUUCCAUUUCCUUUUUCUCCCACACCAUUCUCCAAACCUGUAGAACUCAUCUGAUUAUAAGUACUGCAAGGACUUGAUUUGCCAGCUUUUAAAACAGAGGCUGAGAAACUGGAUAGUGAAUACUUGAGUCUGAUCAGGAUGAGUUAUUGAUGUGAAGUUGAUCCUUUUCAUUGACACACACUACUAAUCAAUUGUUUUGUAUACGUUUCAAUUUUCAUUUUGACAAAGAAGCACUGUAAUUAAAGCUACUGUUAGAAUAAAAUCUAAGAUUCCUGAACUUGA